CAAGCAGCAAGCAAAUGCAAGCCACUCUCUCCUUCCUCUACAAGCUAGCUACUUGUAGCAUCAUCACUUUAAUGAUGAGCACGAUGAGCUGCCGGGCGAGUGUCGUGGCCCUCGGCCUGCUCCUCCUGCUGGGCGCCGCCGUGAGCGCGAGUGCGAGGCCUCUGACUCUGACGACGCUGCCUACCAACGACACCAGCGCCAGUGGCGGCCUGUCCGUCUACUUCCACCUCGGCUCCUGCCCGCAGCUGGAGACCAUCGUCCGCUCCCACGUCGACGCCGCGCUCCGCCAGAACGUCCGCCUCACCGCCGGCCUCCUCCGCGUCUUCUUCCACGACUGCUUCCCCCAGGGCUGCGACGCCUCCAUCCUCCUCGACAACGGCGAGCGCAACCUGCCACCCAACGUCGGCCUCCAGCAGGAGGUGCUGCAGCUCAUCGAGGACAUCCGGGCCGAGGUGCACGCCCAGUGCGGCGCCACCGUCUCCUGCGCCGACAUCACCGUGCUCGCCACGCGCGACGCCGUCAACCUCGCCGGCGGCCCCGCCUUCACGGUGCCCCUGGGCCGCCUCGACAGCCUGGCGCCCGCCCCCGACAGCGACGUCUUCAAGCUCCCGCCGCCCACCGCCACCGUCGACGACCUCCUCGCCGCCUUCGGCAACGCCGGCCUCUCCGACCCGGCCGACCUCGUGUCGCUCUCCGGGGCCCACACCGUGGGCAGGGCGCGCUGCAGCUCCUUCGGCGCCGUGUCCGGGCCCGCCGGCGACGACGUCACCAGGUGCAUCACGGAGACCUGCUCGGCGGCCGGCAGCGGCGACCGGCUGCGCGACCUCGACUUUCUGACGCCCAGCGUGUUCGACAACCUCUACUUCAUCGAGCUGACGCUCAAGAAGAACCAGGGGGUGAUGCUGCCGUCGGACCAGGCGCUGGUGACGGACUCGCGCACCAGCUGGCUCGUCCAGGGGUUCGCCGACAACCACUGGUGGUUCUUCGACCAGUUCAAGACCUCCAUGGUGAAGAUGAGCCAGCUCAAGGGACCCCAGGGGAACGUCGGCGAGGUCCGCCGCAACUGCUUCAGGCGCAACACCGGCGACGAGGGCCUACUGGCCGCAUCUGCCUGAGUGAUCGAUCAUAUUCGUAGUCCUGCGUUUGUAACGACGACGACAGUUGUUACGUUGUACGUAACAAGGAAGAAUGGAUGCCCGUCACGCACGUGGUGGUACGCUAGCUGCAAAUUAAAGGCACCUAGCUAGUCACCGUGCAUGUCGGCAUGCAUCCACGAUCUUGGUGGCCUGCGCAUCCAGAUGUCAAUUCUGUCCUCCUGCCCUGUUUGGUCGUCAUGGUACCCCACCAAUUUUUUUUUCA